GGAAGUGAGGUCGGUGGCGUGCCUUGGCCCUUGCUUCGCGCCGCGGCCGUCUAGGGCCGCGGCUCGUCCGGCCGUGGUUUUCAGCCUUCCCGGAGCGAGGUGAUGGGGGACGCCAAGGAGGCCGGGGCCGAGGCCCCGCCGGCGGGGGCCGCCGCCAGAGAAGGGCUCAGCCUCCUGCCCCCGGGAGAGUCCGAGGAGCCCGCCCCGGGAUCAGCUUUAUUUCUUGGAGGCAGUGAAGUGAAGAGCCGAGCUGUGGUGAAAUACUCUUCUGCUCCUCCUCGAACAGCAUUUGCACGCCUUGAGGAGAAAACAGACUUGAAACUCCCACCUGCCAACUGGUUGCGAGAAAGUGCCAAACUAGGGCCUGCUGGAACUACCAUUCUUGGCAAUAGUAAGAAAAGCAAGCCAUUUUCAAGGUAAAUUUUAGCUAAUGCAUU